AUGACCAUGGUGGAACCAACGGUGAUCUCGACGACAUCUUUAAGAGGUGAUGAUUUCCAUAAAUACGUUAGAAUGCUGGAGGAAACUAUUAACUUCUAUGCACCUCACCAAUCACUUUUGGUAAAACUUUUUAUAAGGAGCUCUGUACCACCAGCCAGCCUGUUGACGAAAUUGCCUUCGUCACUGAAAACGGAAAAAGACGAUCGACAAGGUUACGUCUGCAAAGGAUCUGGAUUGUUGACAUAUGAAACUCUGAACAAAAGAUUGUGA